AUGCCUAUGCCAAAGGCACGGCCAGUUCCAGACAUCUCCUCAGAGGAAACGAAAGACGUAGAGCCGAGCCUGCUCGAGGAGCGAAGAGCAUGGGUUCGACAAGAUCGCGAGGUCAAGCUGGACAUGUUUCUUUCCGUGGCAGAAGAAGUGAUGCAGGAAGUCUUCGAAGUCGGGCCACCCCUACCUCCCAUCAACCACACUUCGCAAGAAAUGCUGCAAGCAUUGGACGAUAACUUCGGUGUCUUUAGCUUUUCUGGAUACCACCACGCAUUCUGCCAUUUCCUAAACCUACACAUCGACCAGUACGCAAGCAUCCAGGACUUCAACACUGAAUUCACGACGGUACUGGAAGAUCUGAUCGACUACGGCCAUCCACUCUCCAACACACAAGCAUGCAGCGCGUACCUCUCUAAGCUGCGAUGUACGCAGAACCCGGGGGUAGCGAAGAAGUUGGAGGAGUUGGACACACUGUCAACAGAACCGGACAUCCACGACCUCAUGCAAGAGUCACUUUCGUGGCCAUGUAUCCGCCCACUAGCGACGAAGUCCUCUCAGGUAUUUCAGGUGCAACCGGUGUCAGAGGAGUGCCGUACGGAUAACGGAAGUCACUCCCAUGGCGACCCACCUGGUCUCUCAGACACCUCCACCGUAUCGUCGGAAGGGUCUCGUUCAAGGCAGCUAUCCAUAAAAGUCAACCACCCGCAGUGGGCCGUUACGCGAGCUUCUGACAACGUCGAUCCGCAGGACCUGCGUGAAGCAAUCGAGAAACUACUCACCACGGGCGAAGCGGAUCCUUCCAGUCUGAAUUACGAUGCGUCAGCGAUAUCAGCAUGCGCAACCCCGGAUUGGUUGAAGGCACAAGAGAAGGCAUUCUCCAAGCCACUUCCGAUAGCAGAGCCACCGGCCCCUACUGAGUCACAUACUCUACGAAAGACCGCCUCCGAGUCGCGCGCGCGAUCCGCUUCACCACGGCUCCUGGCUCCACUGUCCAGAACCGUGUCGCAAACAACACUGUCUGACCACCCGGCUUUCCGAGACAAUCCCUUCCUACCCAAAGAGCGUGCGCAAUCAGACUCCCUCCUUGCGGACACGAAUAGACCGGAACCUAGACCCGACGACUAUGAACCACCUCAUUCAGCACCACUACCGCACCCAUACCAGUACUCGGCUUACUCGUCAAACAGCAGUAGCGCGAUAAGCUUGCCCAUCCAAGGAACGAAUGAGUCGUCAUGGAGCUACGGUAGCAACAACAGCGAUGGCAUAGAAGAACACAUACUAUCGCCCGUUGCAUCUUCCAUGCUUCUCCCACCCAUGGAGGAUAGGUUCGUUACGAUACAGCGAAACAAUGCCCCUCUCCCGCCUCUACCCAUAGACACGAACGUCCUACAAUGGCGCACUCCAACUUUCGACGAUCUUGUCCCGCCGCCACCCCCGAAAAAGAGCCGUCUGCGCAAAACGUCUUCGACUCUCGACAUGUUGAAGCGGCUCAGUGGAGACAGUCUCCUGGAAUCGAGUGACGAGGUACGGGAACGUGAGGAGAAGAAGCGUCGGGAAAAGGAGAGAAAGGGGAAAAGCUGGAGUAUUGGCAGCAUUGCGAGGUUCACGCAUAGCAAAGGGGUUAAGUAG